CUCCGCCUCCAUCCCUCCAAUCAGAGCUGCUACUGGAAUCCUAAUUGUGAACUCGCGAACGCCGCCGCCGCCGCGUGAAACCACACAUGGAAUGGAACAGCGGAGGGAUUUGUAUAAAUAUACACGAACGCACUCGCUUAAUAAGCGUGCAAGAAAUUUGGAGAGCAGCCAACUAGUCUGCUAGCUAGGUAGCUCCGCGCGCAAGAAAAGAGCAUUUUGAUAAUAUUUGCCAUCUCGGCGGCAAGCAUAUUUGCAAAGAGUCGUAGUUAUAUUUCCGGAGCAAGCAAACUAGCUAGCUAGACCUAGACUAGGCACAUGCCGUCGCUUCGAGCGGUGAUGGUGCACGGCGGCGGCGAAAAGGACGGCGGCGGCUCCACGGACGGCGUGCCGCCCCCGUGCGCGCAUACCCUGGUGAGCCUCCUCCGGGCGCGGUCGCAGCGCAGCGCCAAGGCCGACGAGAAGGUGGAGUGGGUGCGGUCGCAGCUCGUCGGCAGCGACGCGGAGUUCGAGACGCCGUUCGGCCGCCGCGCGCUCCUCUACGCCGACCACACCGCGUCCGGCCGUAGCCUCCGCUACAUCGAGGACUACAUCGUCAAGCACGUCCUGCCCUUCUACGGGAACACGCACACGGAGGACAGCUACGUGGGCAGCAAGACGACGCGGAUGGCGAGGAAGGCGGCGAGCUACAUCAAGCGGUGCAUGGGCGCGGGCCCCGACGACGCGCUGCUCUUCUGCGGGUCGGGCGCCACGGCGGCGGCGAAGCGGCUGCAGGAGGCGAUCGGGGUGGCGUGCCCGCCGGCGCUGCGGGCGCGCGCCGCCUCGCAGCUGCGCGCGGAGGAGCGCUGGGUCGUGUUCGUGGGGCCCUACGAGCACCACUCCAACCUGCUGUCGUGGCGGCAGAGCCUGGCCGACGUCGUGCAGGUCGGCGCGGGCGCCGACGACGGCCUCGUCGACCUGGCCGCGCUGCGCCGCGCGCUGGGGUCGCCGGAGUACGCUAGCCGGCCCAUGCUGGGAUCCUUCUCGGCGUGCAGCAACGUCACCGGCGUGCUCACCGACACCCGCGCCAUCGCUCGCCUCCUGCACCAGCACGGCGCCUUCGCCUGCUUCGACUUCGCCGCCAGCGGGCCCUACGUGGACAUCGACAUGCGGUCCGGGGAGAUGGACGGCUACGACGCGGUGUUCCUCAGCCCGCACAAGUUCGUCGGCGGGCCGGGCACGCCGGGGAUCCUGCUCAUGAACCGGGCGCUCUACCGCCUCGCCGGCAUGCCGCCGUCCACCUGCGGCGGCGGCACCGUCGCCUACGUCAACGGGUUCAGCGAGGAGGACACGGUGUACUACGACGACAUCGAGGAGCGGGAGGACGCGGGCACGCCGCCCAUCGUGCAGAAGGUGCGCGCGUCGCUCGCGUUCUGGGUCAAGGAGCACGUCGGCCGCGACGCCGUGGCGAUGCGGGAGCGCGCCUACGCCGAGGCGGCCAUGGCGCGGCUGCUCGCCAACCCGAGCGUCGAGGUGCUCGGCAACGUGGCCGCGCGCCGCCUGCCCAUCUUCUCCUUCCUCGUCUACCCGCCGGACGACGACGACGGAGCCGCUGUCGCUGCCGCUGUCGCCCACGACGACGCCGACGACGACGCCUCCUCGGCAUCGCCGGCGCCACGGCGGCGGCUGCCCCUGCACGGCCGGUUCGUCGCCAAGCUCCUCAACGACCUGUUCGGGAUCCAGGCCAGGGGCGGCUGCGCGUGCGCGGGGCCGUACGGGCACGCGCUCCUCGGCGUCGGCGAGGACCUCUCGCUCCGCAUCCGCGACGCCAUCGUCAGGGGAUACCACGGCGUGAAGCCCGGCUGGACGCGGGUCAGCUUCGCCUACUACCUCUCCCGCGACGAGUUCCGCUUCGUCCUCGCCGCCAUCGACUUCGUGGCCAAGCACGGCCACCGCUUCCUCCCGCUCUACAGCUUCGACUGGGCCACCGGCAACUGGGCCUUCCGCCGGCGCACGUUCAAGCACCACGUCAUGAGGGAGGAGCUGCUGCGCGAGCGCGACACCUCCACCGACGACUCGGACGACGACGACGACCAGCAGCACUUCACGAAGAAGAAGACCGCCGCCGCGGAAUAUCAGCAGCAGGACAAGUUUCAGAGCUACCUGGACACUGCCACCAAGAUCGCGCUCUCGCUGCCGGACACGUACCGUGAACUCGUUGCCAGCGUGCCCAAUGGACUGGACCCGGACAUUAUUCUCUUUCGAGUGUGAUUAUUGAUUAGGAAUUAGUGUCAAACCGAUAUCGAUCGAUCGACAAGGUGUGCUCUAAUCACUAUACUACUGUAGUGUGUGUGUAUAUAUAACAUUGAGUUUGUUUUUGGAAACCAAAACUAUACAAAACUAUACAGAAUUUCCGACAACGUAGAAGAACAAUGUUUCUAUAUACUCCGUAUGACUAGUUCCUUAUAUAUGAUAUGUGAUGUCCGGCAUUAUAACACUGUAGAAGCUAGGAGUACUGCAUGCUUGCAAAGUACACCAAUUAUUGGAUAACAGUAAGCCAUAUAAACUGGCAGUACACUGCUGUAUCCCUUCUUCCAAA